AUGCGAUGGCGGAGAGCUGUCAGCAUCGUCAAAAACCCCCGCCGGCGAUUCCGGUGCGUCGCCGAUCUCGCCAAGCGCGCUGAGGCCGAACGCAGGAAGCGAAGCAUCCAGGUCCCUCUUUCUUCUCCCCCCUUUUUCUAUUGA